CUUAAAGAUCCCCUCCGGACAUGUAUUAAGACAUAUGUACAAAUAGUCUGCUUGGAACAAUAUUGUGUGUCUGAUCAUGUUUUUCUGCAAAAAAAGGUAAAACUUUCCACAGUAAAAUCCUUAAAAAGGCGUCUACUCCUUUUAGCUCAUUAAAAAUUCCAGAAUCUAUGAAUAUGCAAAUUGUGUUCAUUUCUAAAGUUUUCCUGCCGGACACAAUGUCGUCUACUUCACUGUAAAGUCCAUUCUCAGUGUAUGUGCACUGAUGACUAAGUUGCACAUUGGAUCAGGAUUGGCUUCCAAACUAUUUGUGAUGGCACUAAUCAUGCUCAUAGGCCCAACCCUUACAAUCAGAUUUUCAAUGAGCACAGAGAAACUUUCCACUUUGAGCAGAUGAAUGUGAAAACAGCCUUCUAGUGUCAAACUCUGCACAUACAUCAUUCUGCACAGUGAAGCUCAAACAUCCAACUGUAGGAACAAGAAGAAAAACAUGUUUUUGAGUGGAGGGGGUCUUAAAGGUGUGAUGAAAAGGAGAAUAUGAUGGAAGUUUCUUUUAUUGGUCUUCCAAGACUUCCCUGUAAAAUGAUGCUACUCCAAAUAGUUUUACACUCUUUCUGAAACUCAAAACCUAACUUAUUGGACUUAAUAUUAUAUGUUUAUACUUUAUUUAUCACAUUGUGUGCAUUGUAAUUUUACUCCUGUUGCUUCUGUCUGCUCUGUAUAUAACAACAUCUACUGCAUGUCUGUUCAUCCUGGAUGAUCCUUUCUCUGUUACUCUUCCUGGACCUUUCAUUGAGUUUUUCCUCAUCCCGAAUUGAAGUCUGAGGAUAGAAGGUGUCGCAUUUUGUACAGGUUGUAAAGCCAUCAGAGACAAGUUUGUCAUUUGUGAUUUGGGCUAUAAAAAUAACAUUUUCUACACUUGACUAGUGUACUUUAAUAUGCCACCAGUUUUGUCUUUCUGGGAUAAAUUAACAAUAUUUGUUCUUAUUCCUUUUAUCUCAUAUUUCUCACUUUUUUUUCUUUACUUUCCAUGGCAGCACUUUUCUUUCCUUCUCACGUUAAUUCUCAUUAUUCCUAUUCAUAUUUGUUGCAUACUUUUUUAUUUCACCCUGUACACUAGUGGUGGAAACUACUCAGAACCUUUACUUAAGUAAAAAUACUCCAUUACAAGUAAAGUCGUGAGAUGAUUAAUUGGCGAGGAAAAAAGAAAAAAACAAAGUCCUGAUGCACAAAUUUGGAUACAUUUUUUGUACUUUUCAACAAUGUUUUGCUCUUUUUGUUCAAGGUACUACAAGGAACUUUCAUUUUAUGUUGAGUCUGGCGGCCCCUUUGGACAAAGGCGGCAAUGUUUUCUCCGCCUCUUGUCGUAAAGAUCUUGAUCCGGCUAGCGCGUGCAUUCGUUUAGGAAGCGAGUGAAAGAAAGAUGUAACUGUUUAAUACUGUUUUUCUUUAUUAAACACAGCUGUUUGUAUUAUGUAUAGCGAUGAGAUAGUGUAAAUUUUGUGGUUAUGUAAGAUUAAAGUUCCCCUCCAGACACGUUUUAAAGUAUGUAAAAAAAAUAAUCUGCUAAGAUUCAUAUUUUGUUUAACAUGUUUAUCCCACAUAAAAAGUAAAACAAAACUCUGAAAAGGGGCUGGAAUCACAUCUACUCUUUCUCCCUCAUUGAGAAAUUCUGGAUAUAUAAAGGCCCGCCCACCACUGCUGCAUGUUAGAUUGACCUGUGCCAGUGAGAGCAUGGAUGUGGGUGAGAGACAUGUUCUUAUUACACACCCAUGGUGAGAGCGGUGUGCGUCAAGAUGGCUAUAGUUAGAGGAAACAUCAGAGAGAUUCAGCCAUACAUGUUUGAGUCUGUUGUGCACCAAAAUAGCGACUAGCAGACGUAUCAGAAUGCACUUUUGGCCUUUGCUCCAGGGUUUGCUGCUUCCCUGGGAGCAUCAGCAUUGGUCCAAACACAGAGCAGCUUCCUCUCACUGGCAUUCUCGGCUGCAGGAGUAGAGUGAGCGAGUAACCGCAAAUUAUUACUGACACUCUGUCCACUGUGAGCCCAGGAGGUGUCUGUGCAGAAACUAAAUCUGGACUAAUACUGAGGACAUGGGAGUCACCCAUGGAAAGAAAAGAGAUCUCCAACAUUUUCCAGGUAGAAACGAGACACACCCGAACGGGUCUGUAAGGCAGACACACCAAAUUGAACAGCUUCAGGCUCCUCCACUACAGAGUGAGGAGGAGGGCAGUAAUCUCAUCAGACCCCAAAAGCCUCUCAAUCCUUUAAUGGCCUCCGAGAAUCACCAGGAGCUCCACAGAGAACUGCGGAUGACCCACAAGAGGAGAGUGUUGCAAGAAGGAAAGACUGAACUCCAGAGGGCUUUAGAAAAGAGGAAAUGGGAACAAAAGAUGAAAGCGAGCAAGGAUCAGGAAGAGGCAAAGAAGAGCAUAUCACCACUUCAUCAAGAACUGCUGAAAAGACAUCAGAGGCUAGAAGAGCUAGAGAGAGACCAAGGACAGCAGCGAGAGGGGCCAGAGUUCCUCCGAGUCAAAGAGAGACUGAGAAGAACUGCAGUGUUGGAUUCAGGAGAAAAAGAAGUGUGACUGUAAUGAUUUGUGUUUGUAUGUUACAUGUUUUCUGUUGACAGUCAGCACAUUGGACUGUUGGGAAUAUCAAUAGGGAAUAUGAAAUAGCUAUUGGAGCUUAGGUGUUCUGCGUUAAAAAUCUGUACAAUAAAUAGAUAAUACUGCUCAGCAUUCAUAGUCAACAAAAAAAUCAGAUAAGGUGAAGUAAGACAUUUGGCAGCAAAUCAACAACCCAGUGAUUAACUGGCCAAAGGUGCAAAUGUAAAGGAACAGUUUUUCUGUUGUGAUCAAUACUAUGCUUUAAUAAGUUAGAAAUCAAAGUGUGCAUAGAUGAAAAACUAAUUAGUGACUCCACUUGAGUAACAUCAGUAAGUCUAUAUGGCUGAAUUAGACUGCUGGAUCGUUAUAGACAGUGAUGACAGCUGAGAACUGCAUGUGUCAUUGUUACAGUAGCUGUAUGUUCACAAGAUGGAAAUUUUUCUAUGUUGUCAGUAUGAGUAUAAUUUUGUGAUGUUGGGGAGUGUAGUAUCAUCAAUAUACUGGUCAAAAAUCUGGUAUCAAGAGGGCACUGACAUGAUGUCUGACAAUGUGACUGAUGUCACUGAGAGUUAUUGUAAUUCUAAGAUAACUAUUAAGACAAUUGUGCCCUUUGUGUGCCCUUCAAUAACAUUAAAAUAUUAUUAAGAUAUUUAACAAUAUGAUACUGAUAUGUUGGAAUGUUUUUUCAUGACAGAAAAAAUUAAAAACAUAGGAAAAAGAAAAA